GAAUUGGCUCCUGAUAAAUCCCUCGCUGCUUCCAGAUUAAUUUACAGCGCGGAACUGGCAGGACUGCAAUCUGUUUGCUAUCGAGUCAAGCGUGAAACGGCGAUGUCACGUUCAGCGAAAUAAAUAGACAGCAUUUAUGGUUUGGAUGAUGCUCUAAGUUUGUUUACUCUCGUGUGUUGGGUCAGUUCAGGGUCGGGUCUGGCCGGACGGGGAGGGGAGAGCAACUUUUCCCGCUCCGAGAGCUGGAGCUACCAUGGCCAGCCUGGACUUCUCGGAGGUGGAAGCUUUCCUGGACCGGCACCCCGACCUCUUCGAGGAUUACCUGCUGAGGAAGGGCAGGCGCGAGUCGGUGAGCAAGUGGCUGAGCCAGCACAAAGUUCGCGGCUGGGCGGCCGAGCAGCAGCAGAGCCUGGCCCGGGAGACGGGCUGCAGUCCCCGCCGCUCGUCCCAGAAGGAGCUCCGCGGGAGUUUCGCCCGCUCCAGAGCCAUGGCAUCGCACCGGACCUACGACGAGCACGUCCCCCCGCGGGGCCCGGAGCCCCCGUCCUCCGGCAGCGGCAGGAGGGCUCUCCUGAGGAAAGCCAGCUCCUUGCCCCCGACCGCCGCCCACCUCUUGAGUGCGCUGCUGGAAUCCAGGGUGAACGUCCCGCAGUACGCCUCCGCCGCCGCCGGCUACAAGUGCAAGCUCAAGGACUCCAGCGAGCGCGAGUUCUUCCUGGAGCUUGUCAAGGACAUCUCGAACGACCUGGACCUCACCAGCCUGAGCUACAAGAUCCUCAUCAACGUGUGCAUCAUGGUGGGCGCGGACCGCUGCUCACUCUUUCUGGUGGAGGGGCCGCCCCACAAAAAAAAGUUGGUCUCGAAGUUCUUCGACGUUCACUCGGGGACCACGGUGGUGCCUUCCUGCAGCAUGGAAAACUCCAACGAGGUGCAGGUACCCUGGGGGAAGGGAAUCAUUGGCUACGUGGCUGAACACGGAGAGACGGUCAAUAUGCCUGACGCCUAUGAGGAUCAUCGAUUUAGUGAUGAAAUUGACAAGUUGGCGGGUUAUAAGACAAAGUCCAUUCUGUGCAUGCCGAUCCAGAACUGUGAUGGGGAGAUUAUCGGGGUAGCACAAGCCAUCAACAAAAACCCUGCAGGAGUCCCUUUCACUGAUGAUGAUGAAAAAGUGCUGCAGAUGUACCUGCCAUUCUGUGGAAUAUCCAUUUCGAAUGCAAAACUCUUUGCAGCAUCCCGGAAGGAAUAUGAUAGAAGCAGGGCAUUGCUGGAGGUUGUCAAUGACUUGUUUGAAGAGCAGAUAGAGCUAGAGAAGGUUGUUCGGAAGAUCAUGCAGAGAGCUCUGACCCUGUUGCAAUGUGAACGAUGUUCUGUCCUCCUGCUGGAAGAUAUUGAAUCUCCUGUGGUGAAGUUUUCAAAGACCUUCGAACUGAUGUCCCCACUGUGUUGUGCAGUCAGUGAAACCAGCAUGGAGAAAUUAUCCUGCUCUGAUUGGUUGGUAAACAACAGCAUUGCAGAGCUGGUCGCAUCGACAGGCCUGCCGGUGAAUAUCAGUGAUGCCUAUCAGGAUCCUCGUUUCGAUACUGAGGCAGACCAGAUGUCUGGUUUUCACAUUCGCUCAGUGUUGUGUGUUCCCAUCUGGAACAGUAAUCAUCAGAUCAUUGGAGUUGCUCAAAUUCUUAAUAGGCUGGAUAGAAAAACGUUUGAUGAUGCCGAUCAAAGGCUCUUUGAGGCCUUUGUCAUCUUCUGUGGUCUUGGCAUCAACAAUACAAUAAUGUACAACCAAGUGAAGAAAUCCUGGGCAAAGCAAUCAGUGGCUCUUGAUUUGCUGUCAUACCAUGCAACAUGCUCAAAAGUAGAGGUCGAUCGACUGAAGGCUGCAAAACUUCCUGCUGUGAGUGAGCUGGGAAUCGAUAGUUUUCACUUCAGUGAUUUUUCUCUCGAUAAUGAUGGAAUGAUCACAGCAUCAUUAAGGAUGUUCUUGGAACUAGGGAUGGUACAGAAAUUCAAAGUAGAUUAUGAGGUUCUGUGUCGCUGGCUGCUCACUGUGAGAAAAAAUUACCGUGCAGUUCCAUACCACAACUGGCGUCAUGCAUUUAAUGUUGCUCAAUGCAUGUUUGUAAUGAUUACAACUGCUGAUUUUCAAGAAAUUCUGUCUGAUAUCGAAAUCCUUGCUUUGAUGGUGGGUUGUCUGUGCCAUGACCUUGAUCAUCGAGGGACAAACAAUGCUUUCCAGGAAAAGAGCGGAUCAGCUUUAGCACAGCUAUAUGGGACAUCAGCCACUAUGGAGCACCAUCAUUUCAACCACGCUGUAAUGAUACUGCAGAGUGAGGGACACAACAUUUUUGCCAACCUUUCAUCCAAAGACUACAGCAAUUUGAUGCAGCUGCUAAAACAAGCUAUCCUAUCUACUGACCUCACGCUUUAUUUUGAGCAGCGCACAAAAUUCUUUGAGUAUGUAAUGUCUGGGGAACUAAACUGGUGUCUUGAGAAGCACAGAGAAAUGUUGAGAUCUAUGCUGAUGACAGCGUGUGAUUUAGGCGCAGUUACAAAACCUUGGCAGAUCUCGCGGCAGGUAGCUGAAUUGGUAACCAGUGAAUUCUUUGAACAAGGGGACAGAGAGAGGGUCGAACUGAAGCUAACACCAGCUGCUAUCUUUGACCGAAACAGGAAGGAUGAGUUGCCGGGGUUACAACUGGAAUGGAUUGAUGGGAUCUGCAAGCCACUGUUUGAGGCACUGGCUAAGUUGAAUGGAAAGGUUCAACCCUUGGUGAAUGGAAUCAACUCAAACAGAGCUAAGUGGGCGGAGCUUUACACAAUGUACCGUCGGUCCCAUGGUGCUGCAGAUGCUGCUAAUUGCACACUGAAGAUUGAAGCAAUCAACUAGUGCAAUUCAGACCUUAACAUGUUCCUGGCCUGACCUUACACUACAUUAGAUGGUUUGGUCCUCUGGCAGAUGGAUUGUUAAUGAUGCAAACUCUGAGAGUUAUCAAUAUUACUUUGGUCACAGAAUGAAGCUUCAGCGACAUUAUCAUAAGUCCCAUCUGCACAGACACUGAAGAAAAGGUGUAAAGUCAUUUUGCUCUCUGUUUGGAUGUUGCUUAUUGAAUGAAGAUCAGCACUGCAACUAUUCAACAACAAAAAUUCACAAACACCAGAUAUGGACCAUUUCACAUGUGUCCCAUCAUACAGUGCUGUGUUUGAUACCUAAGAGCAUCCAGUAAUUACAGCAGUGAUUAAAAUCAUCAUCUGCCAUCUGCUGUGGCAACAUUCUUUCGGUGCCUCGAAAAACUUAUUGCCUAGACAGCUUUAUUAAAUGAAUUCUAGUUAAAUCUGUUGGCAGCAGGGUACGCUGUCAGACUGACAAUAGCUUACGAAUGUUCCAGGCACGGUGCUAACCCAACAAGAAACUGCUGUCAAAACAGAGCAUUGUGGGAUAAAUCCAAGGGGCUCCAUUUGAAAUGUCACCCUUGAGACACUUCUGAAUGUUAACUGAAGCAUUGUUUCUCAUCAGUUUUCUGGGUCUUUGAUCGUGUGUGUAAAUUAAUAGAGUACUGUAGUCUGUUAUUGGUAUGGUUCAAACUGCAUGUAUAAACUUACUUUUCAGGCAAAGUUGGAAUUUGAUGCAUAUCACUAUUAGCUACUGGCUGUGCUAAGGGCUCAUUGUCAGGUUGUCACAUGAUCCACAAUCAAUCUAUUCAUUUCCCAUUGUUAAGGCAGUGCUUGUACAUCACCAACAGUUAUUUUUGAGCUUGCUUGUGGUAACUAUGGAUGACUGACCACAAAAUUGAUUAUUUUAGUAAAAAUAGAAUAAAAGCUAUCAAUCAAUGAGGCAUAACUGGCAUAAUGUAAAGAUCAUUCAAUAUUCCAAGGCAACAGUAUCUGAUAUUUUUAAACAAAACAAUUUCUGCUCAAUUUAUCAGUGAAGUGAAGGCAGCUCUGUGUUUUGAAAUGAGCUGUUGAGAACUGGAGGAGUAAAUGUGACCUGAACUGGGCCAACAUUGGUCGCAUACCAAUUUCAUACAUGUCGCACACCACACUCACUCGAUGUGGGCUAGAGAAGGGAAGGAAGAACAGCAAGUGAUGUUGCCUAUGAUCACUUCGAUUUGUUCAGGUUCCAAUAACAAUUUAUUUUCAUGUGAUUGCUACUGCAAUACAUUAUAUGAACCUGAGAUGCAUACAGUAUCAAACUCACUUCCUUGUCAUAUUGCGUAGGUUGCUACUACUUGCGUUGGAAGAUUGUAAUGUUAGUGAAAUAAUGGAAUAGCCCACAGAAAGGUGCCUCAGCAUGGGAGAAAAUUAAACUGAAGGAAGCAAAUGUAUAAUUGUCAGUGCUUUGUUCUCCAUGAGAAACACAAAUCCUCCAAGUAUACUUUAUCUUUGAAAACUUUAUUCCUUUUAGUAAAAUUGUACACUAAUUCAGCAGAGAACUUGUACAGUCAAUCUGAUCUUUGAUCUUUUAUUAAAGCUGUAAUUCUCCUCUGUUGCAUUCAAAAGAAGCAUCAACGCUGACUUGGAUUCCAUUGUUUUAGUCCAAGUCCAAACCUACUUCAGGACCAGCAUGACACUUUGACUAGGCUUGUGAGGAGAAGAACAGGAAUGGGGAAAGGGGGUAAUGAUACUGGUGACUGCUUUAAGAGUUGGUGGUGUUCUACUGACCUUUGUGGUAAUUGGGAGGAUAUUGGCCAUAAUGGUA